GAGCAACCAGUGCCGCGACCAUGAAGACUGUUGUGGUGUUCACGGCCCUGCUAGGGCUGACGGUGGCCGCCAAGUUGGACGGCCUACUCCACGCCCACGACCACGCCCACGACCACGACGACGACCACCACCAUCACCACCACGAAGAUCAGGUCAACCCCACCAACGAGCGCUUUACGGUCGUCACUAACUCUAUUCGUCAAAGUGAGUUCGCUGCUACUACUGACGACAACAAGCCCGGCGUUACUGGUUCUUACUCAUGGACUGCUCCGAAUGGUGAGACUUUUACUGUGGAUUACGUAGCAGAUGAGAGAGGCUUCCGACCCGUGAUCCGUCGUGGGGGUUCUGUAUCUUCCUCUGGAUCAAGAUUCGGAUCCGGAUCUUCAUCAGGCUCCCCAUCCUCUUCCGGUGUUUUCCGUGGAUCUAUAAAAGGAUCACCCGCCUCCUCAACCUUUUCCAGUUCUUCCCAAGGAUCUGUCAGAGGAUCAUCCGGGUCCUCUACAUUCUCUGGUGCUUUCCGUGGCUCUGGAGUUGGGAUAACUGGCUCCUCCCGUGCUUCUCUAGGUUCUAGCGGAGGAUCAACUGACUCCUCCACCUUUUCUAGUACUUCCAGUGGCUCCGGAAGUGGAUCAUCAGGAUCCUCAGCCAUCUCUAGUGCUCCUCGUGGCGCCAGCACUGGAUCAUCAGGAUCAAGGUUUUCAUCCACUUCAGCUGGAUCAAGCACCGGAUCCAGGUUUUCAUCCAUCUCAUCAACUGGAUCAGGUCAGGCCGUUGGUGGUGUUUCAGUGAUCCUUGCUGGUCAAGGUAAUCGUGCUGGGGUUACUAGUGGCCAGGCAACCUUCACUGGUACUUCUAGUGGCUCUGGAAGUGGAUCAUCAGGCUCCUCGACAUUCUCUGGUGCUUCAUUGUCUUCUACUGCAUCCAACUCUGGAUCCUUAACUGGCCAGGCCGUUGAUGGUGCUUCAGUGAUCCUUGCUGGACAAGGUGUUCGUGCUGGGGUUACUGGUGGCCAGGCAACCUUCUCUAGUCCCUCCAGUGGCUCUGGAAGUGGAUCAUCGGGAUCCUCAGCCAUCUCUGGUGCUUCUAUUGGCUCCAGCACCGGAUCAUCAGGAUCAAGGUUUUCAUCCACCUCAACUGGAUUCAACUCUGGAUCAUCAACUGGAUCUUCAACUGGAUCCAACUCUGGAUCCUCAACUGGUCAGGCCGUUGAUGGUGUUGCAGUGAUCCUGGCUGGUCAAGGUGUUCCAGCUGGAGUUACUCGUGGCCAGCCUACCUUCCAGGUGUCUACUGGAACUGGUACUGCUGGUGUCAGUUCUGGAUUCUCAUCUGGAAGCUCUGGUGGUGUCAGUUCUGGAUUCCAACCUGACAGUUCCAGCGGUGUCAGUUCUGGAUUCUCAUCUGAAAGCUCUGGUGGUGUCAGUUCUGGAUUCCAACCUGACAGCUCCAGCAGUGUCAGUUCUGGAUUCUCAUCUGAAAGCUCUGGUGGUAUCAGUUCUGGAUUCUCAUCCGGAAGCUCUGAUAGUACCAGUUCUGGAUUCCAACCUGACAGCUCCAGCAGUGUCAGUUCUGGACUCUCAUCUGAAACCUCUGGUGGUGUCAGUUCUGGAUUCCAACCUGAGAGGUCCAGCAGUGUCAGUUCUGGAUUCUCAUCUGAAAGCUCUGGUGGUGUCAGUUCUGGAUUCUCAUCUGGAAGCUCUGAUGGUGUCAGUUCUGGAUUCCAAUCUGACAGGUCCAGCGGUGUCAGUUCUGGAUUCUCAUCUGGAAGCUACAGUGGGGUUAGUUCUGGACAAUCUUCUGGUAGCUCCUCCGGAAGUACCAAUUCUCAGUUGUCGGGUGCAACAGGUUCCCGGUUCUCUUCUGGGUCCUCUGGGUCUCAGCUUUCUUCCACUUUCUCAACUGAAUCCAACUCUGGAUUCUCAACUGGUCAGGCCGUUGAUGGUGUUGCAGUGAUCCUGGCUGGACAAGGUGUUGCAGCUGGAGUUACUCGUGGCCAAUCUACCUUCCAGGUGUCUACUGGAACUGGUACAGCUGGUGUCAGUUCUGAAUUCCAAUCUGACAGUUCCGGCGGUCUCAGUUCUGGAUUCUCAUCUGGAAGCUCUGUUGGUGUAAGUUCUGAAUUCCCAUCAGGUAGUUCCAGCGGUGUCGGUUCUGGAUUCUCAUCUGGAAGCUCUGAUGGUGUCAGUUCUGGAUUCCAAUCUGACAGGUCCAGCGGUGUCACUUCUGGAUUCUCAUCUGGAAGCUCUGAUGGUAUCAGUUCUGGAUUCCAAUCUGACAGGUAUAGCGGUGUCAGUUCUGGAUUAUCAUCUGGAAGCUACAGUGGGGUUAGUUCUGGACAAUCUUCUGGUAGCUCCUCCGGAAGUACCAAUUCUCAGUUGUCGGGUGCAACAGGUUCCCGGUUCUCUUCUGGGUCCUCUGGGUCUCAGCUUUCUUCCACUUCCUCAACUGGAUCCAACUCUGGAUCCUUAACUGGCCAGGCCGUUGAUGGUGCUUCAGUGAUCCUUGCUGGACAAGGUGUUCGUGCUGGGGUUACUGGUGGCCAGGCAACCUUCUCUAGUACCUCCAGUGGCUCUGGAAGUGGAUCAUCGGGAUCCUCAGCCAUCUCUGGUGCUUCUAGUGGCUCCAGCACCGGAUCAUCAGGAUCAAGGUUUUCAUCCGCCUCAACUGGAUUCAACUCUGGAUCAUCAACUGGAUCUUCAACUGGAUCCAACUCUGGAUCCUCAACUGGUCAGGCCGUUGAUGGUGUUGCAGUGAUCCUGGCUGGUCAAGGUGUUCCAGCUGGAGUUACUCGUGGCCAGCCUACCUUCCAGGUGUCUACUGGAACUGGUACUGCUGGUGUCAGUUCUGGAUUCUCAUCUGAAAGCUCUGGUGGUGUCAGUUCUGGAUUCCAACCUGACAGUUCCAGCGGUGUCAGUUCUGGAUUCUCAUCUGGAAGCUCUGUUGAUGCCAGUUCUGGAUUCCAAUCUCACAGCUCCGGCGGUAUCAGUUCUGGAUUCUCAUCUGGAAGCUCUGUUGGUGUCAGUUCUGGAUUCCAACCUGACAGUUCCAGCGGUGUCAGUUCUGGAUUCUCAUCUGGAAGCUCUGUUGAUGCCAGUUCUGGAUUCCAAUCUCACAGUUCCGGCGGUCUCAGUUCUGGAUUCUCAUCUGGAAGUUCUGUUGGUGUCAGUUCUGGAUUCCAACCUGACAGUUCCAGCGGUGUCAGUUCUGGAUUCUCAUCUGGAAGCUCUGUUGAUGCCAGUUCUGGAUUCCAAUCUCACAGUUCCGGCGGUAUCAGUUCUGGAUUCUCAUCUGGAAGCUCUGUUGGUAUAAGUUCUGAAUUCCAAUCAGGUAGUUCCAGCGUGUCGGUUCUGGAUUCUCAUCUGGAAGCUCCCUCCGGAAGUACUAAUUCUCAGUUGACGGGUGCAACAGAUUCCCGGUUCUCUUCUGGGUCGUCUGGGUCUCAGCUUUCUUCCACUUUCUCAACUGGAUCCAACUCUGGAUCCUUAACUGGCCAAGGUGUUCGUGCUGGGGUUACUGGUGGCCAGGCAACCUUCUCUAGUACCUCCAGUGGCUCUGGAAGUGGAUCAUCGGGAUCCUCAGCCAUCUCUGGUGCUUCUAGUGGCUCCAGCACCGGAUCAUCAGGAUCAAGGUUUUCAUCCACCUCAACUGGAUUCAACUCUGGAUCCUCAACUGGAUCUUCAACUGGAUCCAACUCUGGAUCCUCAACUGGUCAGGCCGUUGAUGGUGUUGCAGUGAUCCUGGCUGGUCAAGGUGUUCCAGCUGGAGUUACUCGUGGCCAGCCUACCUUCCAGGUGUCUACUGGAACUGAUACUGCUGGUGUCAGUUCUGGAUUCUCAAUUGGAAGCUCUGGUGGUGUCAGUUCUGGAUUCCAAUCUGGCGGUUCCAGCAGUGUCAGUUCUGGAUUCUCAUCUGAAAGGUCUGAUGGUGCCAGUUCUGGCAUAUCUUCCGGAAAUUCUAAUCCCCAGUUGUCUGGUGCAUCUGGCUCCCUUUCCUCAACUGGAUCAAGCUCCGGUUCUAGGUUUUCAUCCACUUUUUCCACUGGCCCUGCCCUUGGUGUAGCAGCGAUCCUAUCUGGUGAAAAUGGCCAAAUUCCUUCCUUCGGUUUUUCCAGUGGUUCUGGAAUUGGAUCGUCUGGCUUCACCACUUCCUCUGGUACUUCUAUUGUCUCUGAUGGUGGAUCCUCUGAUUCUUCCAGUACUGGUUCGACAAGAUCUUCCACCUCUGGAGUUUCUCCUUCCUCAGGAGCUUCUGCUGGCUCUGGAAUCUCAUCAGGUUCAUCAGAUUUUAACUCGGGGUUAACUAGAUUUGUCGUGUCGACUCCUAUUGGGGAUAACACAUUUCGUCUCUACGGCCCUCCUGUAGAUACUCCCGUUGUUGGCAGGGACACGGGGAUCCGUACCACCACCCAACCACCCCUCUUUAACCGUGGCCCCAUCCCCAACGUGGAAAAUAUUGCAGUUGUCCUCGCCAAGACUGGUCAGCUGUAAACAAAAAUGCGUUGAUGAUUCCGAACUUUCAUAGUGUGUGCUGAAUGGGGAGACGAGAGUAUCGUAAAAGACAGUAUUCAUGGUGGGCAAGUACAAAGUGCUGACAUACCCUUUGAGGGAAAUGUGUAUCUUUCCUGCCCCUAAAUCCCGCGUUCUUGUGAAAUCCUUGUUACUAACUAUUAAGUUAGGUGUAGAUCAAGUCAAAUUUUGAUUUUUCAAAUGUAUAUGUACCAUUGUUAUAUAAAUAAAAUGAAAACAAA